GUCUGCUCCUAUACCUCGUCUGCGAUCGUACCAUCGUAACACAGUAUUUUCUACAGAGUCGGCAAGGUCGACAAUUCAGACCCAGAGACAGAAAAUUGCAUUGUAUGCAAUAUCUGUACGGAUCCCAAGUCUGUGGAUGGAAUCUCUGGCUAUUAUUUUCUAUAGAAUGACUAUAGUUCCCGGCAACGUAGAUAAUGCACGGUAUCAAGUGCAAUGUUUAAUCUUGACGAGCCUUCUUAACUUACGUUGCAUUUCGAUAUAAAAGUGUUUCCUCGUUUGAAACGAUUGUUUCGACUGAACCGAUCCGGCGUAUAGUAUCGCAGCGAAACACUUAUAUAAUCGGUAUUCUAAAAAUGUUCGAAUGGACGUACGAUGGUGUCAACGUCUCCAUACCCCGCAACGUGGGUCCAGAAUGCUCAUAUUACAUGACCCCGGAGCAUAGAAUUAUUGAAACAUCGUUUGUUUCUAUAUUAAUAAUAAGUCUACUUGUAUGGGGCUACAAACGGCUGAAGUUGCCCACCGAUGUAUGCUACGCAGACCAUGAUCGGGUUGGCAAAAGGAUAUUGCUUUUAAUUAUGUCCAUGGUAUUGGGAAUGGAGAUUGGUUUCAAAUUGACCAGCAGAACUCUCGUGUACCUGCUUAAUCCCUGUCACAUAACAACUGCAGUACAGUUGUACUUGUUAGCAGCCGCUCCUAGUCCAACAGUCAAUAAACUCUUCAGGAUACACCUGAACUUCCUAAAUGGACCAGUUUUAGCUUACCUAUUUCCAGAAACCGAAUCACGUUAUAUAUUCGCUGAUAAAGCAUUGUACUACAUUCAGCAUGGCUUGAUGGUAGUAAUACCAUAUUAUUUGCUAAGGCUUGGAGGUGUUUACAAUGUUGAGCCUUUAUCAGACAUGAGCUGGACAGUUUUUAGUUAUGGUUUGAAUUUGAUAUAUCACUUCUGGAUUCUUCAGGCUUUUGCCUGGCCUACAGAAGUAAAUUUGAGCCACAUGUUAUGUCCAGCUGUACUGGAUCCCUUUGAAGGGCAGUACUACCGUCUGUGGACUGUGGUUCAUCAGGGAUUACUAUGUCCCUUGCUAUGCAAGCUGUUUUGCUAUGCAUCUAAUUACUUUUUGACCAAAUGUUCGCUGACAAAGGUGAAAGCAAGUCUUGAACAUACACUUCCGAAGAAGAACAAGUACGAGGAAAAAAGGAAAUUACGUGAAAGUAUUUCAAAUACCUCAGGUAACGGGCACACGCACGUGAAUUAGUCUAGUAGUUCUCGUCGAUGCACGACAACUUGACCUCCGUGAACACUUCUGCCACAAUGAAGUGAGUACUUAAAAUUUAUAAGGGGAUAGAGACCUGUUCGUGUAUUAACAAUCACACAGUUUGGAUGAGUGUCUACAAACUAUACGAUGCUGCCUGUUGAAGUCACAGGUUCAUUUUUCGAACGAUUUGUAAUUCUUUUUCAGAUAUGCUAGACAGAAACAGGGCAAAUAAUAAUUAGACGUUUGUAAUUUGAAAAGAAUGAAUUAGGUACGAAAACUGGGCAACAACACGUUGAUACACGUAAGGUUUUCGAACCGCGAGGCUUUGCUAGCUUCGUUAAAUUGGAUUCCUAACGCGUCUUUUACUAGAAGUACAUACGGGUCAGUUUCCUAUUAAUAAUUCGUAACUUUUUUAUUGGUGCGAUACCGUAGCACAAGAAUAUACUUAAUUAUUGUUUAACCUUUAUAAAAACUCAUUUUUUAUCAUUCUUUCCAGUAUUGAUGUAUGCAUCAAAGUGUGUGCUGAUUUCUUAAUCUAUAGUUUCCUAUUUUUUUAAUGCAAGUUAAUACAUUGACCCUUUCGAUUGUACGAUACAUUCCACGAACCUGAUACAUGAAACUGACUGCCGAAAAUUUCUUUCGUCAAAGUAUAUUGUCUUAUGCCAAAGAAUACAUCGAUGUGAUGAAAAUUACUACAUGAUAACAUAUAAAUUAAGGGACGAGUUAAAAUUAAUAUUAAUAUAUUUUUAUUAUUUUAUUUAAUUAUCAAUAAUUUCGGUUCAUGGGAGCCAAAUGAUCUGAUAUAGUAUUUGAUCGAUCCUUUCGUGAUAAUAGCUAUUAGAAAUUUAUUUGUUAAAGUUUUCUUAACAUUUUUUUACGUUACUGCGGCCUAACAGAACAAGAGAUUUAAUUCGUCAUUUCUAACGAUUUUAAAUGGUUUCCCUAUUACUCUUUCAUCUAGAAUCGUACCUAUACAGAUGUCGUAGAGUGUUAUUUUAAAAAUAAAAAAAAAUAAAUAAUUGGUGUCACUGUUUGUAUUCAAACUAUUUUGUGUUAUAGAAUAAUUGAUUUUAGGCUUCCACCGUCUUGUAUAAUGUUAAUGAUUGAGCUUCAAUUGUGCCCACAUGUUACACUACUGUGUUCUCGGACUCAGUACAUAUGUAAUUGCAUGUAAAGGAAUACAAACGAUACACUAAAAAUAGUAACGUUACAUUCGAGUGUAUGUAUAAUUAUUAUAAGGCCUCAAGAAUAUUCAAUUUAGCACUUUAAUCGAGUGCGGUAUGAUAUUUUGUAAUAAUGAUUGAAAUAAAAUUGUACACCCGAAAAUACUCAACUAAUAUUCGAUACAGGGUGGAAAGAAAUGGUAAGGGUCGAAAUCAGGGUCAAAUUGUUGUUUAGCUAUUAAUAAAAUCUUGUUAUGAAUUUUGGAAAAGAUAUUUGUUAUAGAAAACAUGGUUCCCUUAUUUUCGGUCAACUUUGUCUAUCGAAUACGAUAUAAUGAACAUAGAAAAUUUGACCUUGAAUUUCAAUGUAGAGAUCAAUUCCAUGGAAAACUCUUUCCACAUAUUUGUCAACGAGAAAGUGUAGAAGCACCUAUGUACAUUUCUUUGUAUCCUGUAUAUAUAUGUGUGUGUGUGUGUGUGUGUGUGUGUGUAUUAGAACUUGGAAAAAUGUAUCAAAAAUAUAGUAUUCUAUAUUAUAAGUGUUUUAGACUACUGUCUCAUGGCAAUGUCAUAGGAAGAUUAGCAGAUUUUGUACAUUCUGUACAGUAAAGAUCACGUGUACGUUGCUUCUCCUAAACUGUAGUUUUAUUAAUUUGCAAAACACAUAUGUUCAGAGAAGUAUGAACCGGUACUUCGAGAAGAUUCGGAAGAUUUAUUAUCAUAAUGGGAUCCUAUUGCAUUGAUUAUAAUUUAGACCAUUAAGUUUUUAAGUCUUUCUCGAUACCGAAUCAAAUCGAAAAUGUGUUUAUGCAGGCUGGUGUGCAAUUCGUGGUACAUUAUUUCCUCCGCGACCACAUGCAAUUUAGAGAUACAAUAAGACGUUAGAGCCGUUUCACACGAGGAUACGUGCGUCGUAUCGCGGUACUGUAUUGCCGUCUAAACACUCCUAUUGAAUUACAUGAACGGUCAGUCACCUGUGUGUGAAACGGGUCUUAGGGAGUAGUAAAAGUUAUUUUGUUUUCGCCCUAAUUGGCUGCGAUUGCUUCACGAUUGGUAGUGGGGAUGGAAGGGCGGUGCUAAGUGCUCGCCGAAUGCGACGCUAUAGAGGAAAUACGAAGAAUCAUUACUUUCUCGCUUGUAUCACGAAUAAUACCUCACGGUUUAAAUUGCACGUUAAUAAGAGAUUACGUACGAUUUACAACAGAUUGCUAUUGUUAUAUUUUUGUAAGCUACGGAAAGUAAUGUUUCCAUGACAGUGGUAGAUGUAUAAAACUCUGAAGUUAUGGUAAUCGAGCGAAGAGAUGAAAGAAGACGUUUGUACGAAAUAUUCACAUGUAAAUGUUUCAAAUAAAAAAGAAAGUCUUGUUACAAC